UUCCGUCGAUGUUCACGUGCUGGAAGGCGGACGGGCUUCGGAAGGAUGAAUCUGAGGGGAACCGCGACGACACAACUGCAAUCAAUCGUGUGGCGGCUGGCUGCCAAAGUGCGACUUGCUGCUCACCGACUCCUUUUCUCUGCGCAGGUGUGUGGGAAAACCGUAAGCGGACUUUUUAAGACCGAAGUAGCGAGGCAGCAUAAAGGCCAAUUCAUCACUAAAUUCAUGUAUCAAGGUGAGGAGGGUUUGCUGGUCUGUCAGUUGGACAACCCCUCACUAGCUGCAGAGAAGGAAUCCCGACUGCUGCUCUACCCAAAUGUGGACGAGGAUUGGGACAACCUAAGCUGCUCCGAAAGGCUCACCCGUGCCCAGUUCACCAUAUCUCUCAGUCAAGAAGAACACAACCAGACGAUUCCUCAGCGGUCGUCGCCUACGGUGUGGCACGCUCUCUAUGCAGACCGAUACACAUGCCAGGAGGCUACAGUGAUUCCUUCUCAUGGUGAGCUGAGGUUUACUGUCCUCCUGCUUAAUGCUGAUUCUGCAGGAAACCCGCUGGAGCAUUUUAGUGCCGAGGAGGCAGGUCUCCACACCUUUUACUUCCUCCUGCUGCUGGCGUACUUUGUAGCUUCGUGUAUCUACAUUAAGCCUCUGUACCAGGCUCUGAGGAAAGGCGGUCCCAUGCACACAGUCCUGAAGGUGCUGACCACAAGUCUGGCCUUGCAGGGCUGCUCUGCCCUUUGCAACUACAUUCACAUGGCCAGGUACUCUCGAGACGGUGUGGGUAUUCCACUGAUGGGCAGCCUGGCAGAGUUCUGGGCGGCGGCAGCUCAAGUGUCAACGCUGUACACGUUAUUGAGCCUGUGCGCGAGCUGGUCCCUGAGUCGAGGCCGGAAACCUCAGUCGCGCCCUCUGCAGUGGGAGCAGUCUCCGGCGUCCACGGCCGUCGCCGUGUGCGGAGUCGUCUUGCAGGGUGCCCUUCUGCUGUGGGAACAAUACUCUGCGUCUGAGGACCAACACCGCAGCUAUCGGAGUCUGGCGGGCAUUCUCCUCAUCGCCCUGAGGGUGACGCUGGCCCUCCUGCUGGCCUCCGUUCUCUACCAGAUCAUCUCCACAGAGAGGAGCACCCUGAAAAGAGACUUCUACCUCUGCUUUGCCAAGGGAUGCUUCCUGUGGUUCCUCUGCCAUCCUUUCCUCGUCCUCACGUCCGCCAUCUUCAACGAGCACCAGAGGGAGAAGGUGGUCACUAUUGGUGUGAUUCUGUGUCAGUCCAUCUCCAUGGUGAUCCUCUACCAGCUGUUUCUGUCUCGUUCCCUCUACUGGGAAGUCUCCGCGCUCUCCUCGGUGUCGCUGCCGCUCACCAUGUCCAGGAACAACCAGAGGGGGCGCUACUGAGUACGUGCUCUGGCUCUAUGUGCUCCUCAUUUGCAGCGCUCAGGUCGCCCUCCCGCCGCAGAGAAGACGGGAGGCGUCACGCUGCGGGGAACGCUCGAAUUUUGCCGUUUUCUGGGGAAGCACGGACGGAACGGGCAGAAGCACAUCUGCCCCAGUCCAGAAAAUAAAGGCGGGACUACAAGACAAAGACCACCUUGGCUGAGGGACGACAAGAACAGAAACCGGAAAGGCUUGCUGUAGAUCUCUAGUUGUUUACUUUCGUAGGUAGAACAUACAGUUGACAAGACAGGGACUCACAGUGGGAUUUAUUUGAUACAUUAAGAAAUAUCGGCCUUGAACGUGAUGCGGGAUGAAGGUCUCGAAGAAAGUCAUUACGUGCAUACACAAAUGUGAAUUGAAUUGCUGGUAAUAGAUCAACUACAAUGUUUGUUUUUCUCUUGAGAGUCUAUCGCGCAGUUUUCAUCGUUAAUCUCAAAACCUUUUUAGCAAGUUAAGUUAUUUAAAGUUUGGGAAUGCAUGACAUUCAAAUAUUGGCGCCUCAUUUCAGACUUGAUGCUUGAAUAAACCUUUCUUGUUUCUGUUAAAGAUUGUGACUUUAUGUAAAGUUCAAGAAAAUGUAAAAACAAAGAAAGUGUUCUCCAUUAUUGAUGUUUUGUUCUUUUCAACCUGUGGAAAUGCGUAACCUGAAAUAAAUGACUCCGGGGCGGCAAACAAUGCA